UAUCGAUUGAUUAUUUUAACAAGAAUUAACUGUGAUCAUACAGUUUUCAGAAUAACAGAAAAUGCACAAAAAACAAAAAAUGUCAACAUUAUUUACAUAUCUUCUCGUGUUUGUGCUAAUUAAAAUUGUUUCUUGCGGAGUUUAUUUUCCGAUAUUUGUGGCAUUUGCUGGUAAUGGUAAAUCUGUGUACGAUGCAUGGCGGACACCAUCCAUGUGGAAUGAAAUCCCUGCAUUCUACCCACAUAUUGGUAGACGUUUUCACCUUAGAAGUAGAUUUAUUGACAAUUGGGGGAAAGUUGAAUUAGUUAAAUUGGAACUAUUUAAAAGCAAUAAAAGGGUGAUGUGGAUGACUUUCAAUGGUAAAAACACAAACAAUAUGAACUGGUUUAAUAAGAAUAACUUGGUUGACAGCAGCUUUAAUGAUUUGGCGCCAUGCAGUACAUUGAAUUACUUUUCCAUUGCCGGUGACCUGCGAAAAGACUGGUUAGACAGGAGGUUUCUUAUUAACAAAAGUUACGCUGGUUGUGCCAAAGACUAUGGGUGGUUUGUUAUAGCCGAUACAUACAGGCAUUGUAGCUGGGAAAAGAAAGGGCCUGCACCGGUAUUCAUUUACACUCGGAACCGCUCGUCCAGGAAUUACAACAAAGAUGCUAAUACUGCAGAAACAAUGGUGAUAUCAGUGCUGAUGGAUAUCUAGCAAUCAAAGAAAACUAAGAUGAUGGUCAGCACUUAGCUAAAUAAUAAAGAUAGUCAUUAAACAG